GUGCUGGAGGGGUUGGAGCCGGUGCGGCGGCGGCCAGGCAUGUACAUCGGCAGCACCGGGCCCCGUGGCCUGCACCACCUGGUGUACGAGGUGGUGGACAAUGCCAUCGACGAGGCGCAGGCGGGCCAUGCGACCACGGUGGACGUGCUGCUGGGGGCUGAUGGGUCCGUGUGCGUCACUGACAACGGCCGCGGGAUUCCAACGGACAUCCAUCCAUCCACGGGCAAGUCGGCACUGGAGACCGUGCUCACAGUGCUGCAUGCGGGCGGCAAGUUCGGGGGCGACUCAAGCGGUUACCGCGUGUCGGGAGGGCUGCAUGGCGUGGGAGUGUCGGUCGUCAACGCCCUCUCUCAG